UUGUAUAUUUCAGGUGAAUUUUAUAUUGGGGCAAGUGAUGGCCCUUGUCCUAGCUUAUAUUUUCCGGGUAUACUGCCAUCCUUCCCGCGUUUCAGCAACAACUCGUCACUGGGGCUCCUUAGCUGCAGGACUGGGCAUCUCUUACUUCUGCUUUGGAAGACAGGUUGUGUUGGCGCUGCUGCUGGUUGUAGGCUGCUAUGCAUUGAUGCUGCUGCUGCCCAUCACUCUCAUCCACCAUGUGACACUAGCAGCCUCCAUCACAUUUCUCUCUGCCAUGCAUAUCCAGAGGCAGAUAUAUGAAGAUGGAGCUUUUGUUAUUGAUAUCACAGGUCCCAUGAUGAUAAUUGUGCAGAAAGUUACAGCUCUGGCCUACAGCCUACAUGAUGGACUGUCUGGGCUAAAAGAUGAGAAGCUUACACCAUUUCAGCGUCAGUUUGUCCUAAGAAAGAAGCCCACUGCAAUAGAGUACUUCGGCUACGUGCUAAAUUUCCAUUCACUCCUUGCUGGUCCGUUCUUCAUGUUUGCCGACUAUCAGGAUUUUGUUGAGGGGACCAAUUAUAGGAAGCGAGCUCUCGAAACCUCGACAGCAAUAAAUUCGCUUGACAGCAACAGGAAUAAAAGUCCAACAGGCAUAAAAGUCAUGGACACUCCAAAGACAGCCUCUAAGCCUGAGGAUGAGCCUAACCCUAUCAGUGUGUCCCUCUACAAGGCUGGCUUCUCUGCUAUCUGUGCUGUUGUUACUGUUUGUAUUCUGCCCAAAUUCCCUGUCUCCUAUCUCACAGAUCCAGGCUAUUUUAAAUCUUCCUACAUGUACAAGAUUUUUUAUAUAAUUGCUGUUACAUCUUUGACUCGUCACGUCUAUUACACUGCCUGGCUUCUUGGGGACAGCAUAUGCAACAUGUCCGGCAUGGGAUUCAAUGGCUACAACAAAGAUGGAUCCGCCAAGUGGGAUUUAGUAUCAAAUGUUAACAUCGUGAUUAUGGAGACUGGACUGAGCCUUAGAGAGACCAUUGAGGCAUGGAACAGUGGAACAAUGAAGUGGUUACGCUUCAUGGUGUACGAGCGUGCUACUGUGCAGAAAACACUCUUCACCUACAUGCUGUCAUCUGUGUGGCAUGGGUUCUACCCUGGAUAUUAUAUCACCUUUGUCAGUGGAGCCUUCUUCACUAUUGCUGCCAGAUAUGUACGGCGGUGUGUGCGUCACAGGGUGAUGGCUCGAGGACCAAGAGCAAAGUUGGUCUACGACUUUAUCACCUGCAUCAGCACACGCUUGUGUCUUGCCUAUUUCACCUUUCCCUUUAUUCUUCUGAGAUUCUGGGGAAGCAUUGCUGUUUACAGAGAUCUUUAUUUUAUCCCAGCCAUCAUGGGGAUAUUUGUGAUAGUGUUACUACCGAAGAUCCUACCUCCACUACGUUCCUCUGCUACAACAAAAUCUGCGGAGCAGAUAAAGGGGUCACUAGUGAAACUGGAUGACAGUGGCCGCAGUGUAACUAAUGGUCUUGACAGUGCUACCGCCCAGCACUUCAAAGUUCAAUAAGUUAUGUUCCCCCAUCCUCUGUUCUUCAGCUCUCAUGUGGUUUUUUAAAUGCACGUGUUGCCUCUUGAUAACGACUACCACAAGCUGAGGGUACGUCACUCACAUGUUCAAUGUAUACUUGGUAUUUUUUAAUAGCUAAUUUAUAUGUUAAGAUUGAAAAUGAAGGAAAACUUUGAUGCAAAUAAGUGUAAUAGCACAUACUGGUAAUGAAUAUCUUUGUGUCAUAUGUUGUACAAUAGUUGUUUCACACAAUUUCCUACACUCAUCAUAGUUUUGGUAUGUUCCAUAUACUUUCAUCAAGAGGUUAUACAGUACAGUAUACUCAAAUCUUAGCAUAAUUACAGUUCUGCUCAAUUUUUUUUUUUCUGCCAUAAUGUAAUAUUUCUGGUUUAUAUUCAAACCAUUGCAUAACUUUUACCUACCUCACAGGUAAA